GGCGGCGCGAGGGGGCCGGCCCGGGCUGCGUAGAAGCGCAGCAUCGGGUUUGCGGCCGCAGCGCUGCGCGGUUCGCCCUUCCACUCUUGUUUCUCUUUCCUCCCGUGCGUAUGAUCGGCAGUUCCUUAGGCCGGCGGUGUUGUGACUCGCCCUGCCCUGCACUAACGGUUCCCAACGGCUGCAGUUUGGAAAGAUAACUGACCGCCGAAUCUCUUGGCCCCUCCGAAUUUGUGUGGAAAUCGGAAAAGAGGUGGCACUUCAUAUUUCAGUAUGGACCAGUUUCAAGAUGUAUCAGAUGGUGAAGUGGAUCAUGCUUUCUUUGACAGUGAUUUUGAGGAAGAAAAAAAGAAAGCUGAAGAAAAUGGUGAAUGUGUAGAGAAAGGCAGUACAAAGGCAGUUCUUGCAGACCCUGAUUUGGUUUCUAAUUUAAAGGAAGCAAAAUAUUGUGAGGAGGAAAGUGAAGAAAAGCAGAAAGAUUUGCAGGAAGAUCAGUCCCACGAAAACAGCACAGGUCAUCUUGGAGAUGUGUCAUCUUUGUCUCUUUCUCCAGUUGUGGAGAAUGCAGGUACAUCUGGAAUGUCAUCUGCAGCAAGUAGGGGAGCACAGGAGAAUGUUCCUGCUGGAAUCCCCAAAAUAGUUAAAGAAGGUGAAGAAGAUUAUUAUACAGAUGAAGAAGAUAGUAGUGAUGAUGGCAAAAAAAUGAAGGUUAGGCCAAAGUCAGCUAAGCAGUCGAACAACAUAAAAAAGGCUAGCAAAAAAUAUACUAAUCUCAGCUCCUCAUCCUCUUCUUCCUCAUCCUCUUCCUCCUCGUCCUCAUCCUCAAGCUCAGAUACAGAUUGUUCUGAUACAGAUUCCGAUAGCUGUUUAUCAGAUUCAUCUCAUUCUUCAAACACUUGUAGGAAUGCUCUUCUGUCUCCAAAACAAAAAUUUAAGUCAGCAGUGAAAUUAGCAGAAGGAAAACCAAAGUUUGGUGAUUACCUGGAGGAGUCUGAAGACACAGUGACUGAUGUAACACCUCUGUCAACUCCAGACAUCAGUCCUAUCCAGUCUUUUGAACUUGCAGCAUCAAAUGAUAAGAAACUAAAAGUAAAAAGACAAGAACAUGUGAACCAAGACUUAUAUGAUUCCGAGUUUGAUCGCAGAUACAGUAGAAAAGUCUUGCAUGAUGCCAUGGACCUGAAUCAGCUUUUGAAAGCUUUCCUACAGUUGGAGAAAAAAGAAAAAAAACUAACCAUCGAUCAGCCAUCUAAAGGAACAAGGAAAAAUUAUUCUUUCACUAAUGAAGAAGUAAGACAGAUUGAUCGGGAAAACCAAAGGUUGCUAAAAGAACUGUCCAGACAGUCUGCAAAGCCGAGGAGUACCACUGCAUUGAAGAAGUCAGCUGUACCGCCUCCUAAAUUGUACCACACUGCCCUCAACAGGCAAAAAGAGCAGCAAAGAAUUGAAAGAGAAAACCUGGCUUUCCUGAAAAGACUGGAAGCAGUGAAACCAACAGCUGGUAUGAGGCGUUCUGAGCAAUUGAUGGACUAUCAGCGCCAGAUGAGUUACCUAAGUUCUUCACCAUCUGUAAGAAGAGGAAAAUCUGCUUUCAGCCAGCUUAGUCCUUCGAGAGGCACUUCAAGAGCAUCUGCUGUACCAAGUACAAUGAGCCAGAGGAAUGAAAAACCUGUGUCUGAUUCAGCCAGUGGGGCAUUACGGAGACCUAAACCCACUAAUGUUCGUGCUGCUUGGUUAUUUAAAAGAAAUUUGGAAGUUGUAUUGGGACCUUGUGUAGGAAAAAAGCAUCAGAAGCUGUUUGAACAACAGUAAAGACUGAAGCUGAACAACAGUUUCAGAUUGACUCUAAACAAGAGUAAGUUUUAGUUACUUCUCAGACUAGAGAAUACUAAGCAAGGGAAAUAUUUCAUGGCCCUGCUUCUGUAGAUUCUUGCCUUUCUCAGUGGGCAAAUAUAACCUUGAGCUGCAGGAAACCUGAACAUCUGAUUUUGAGAGCAACUACUAACCAGUAUUUAAAAAAAAAAAAAAGACAGUAGAAAACAGAACAUCUUGUUAUGUUUUUUAACCUGUUUCUUAAUGUCAUGUUCAUACCAAAUGUGUGUUGUAGUGUCACAUAAGCUUCAGUAACAACAUCCAUUUAGAAGGGGAACAAAAUUUAAUGGAAUUGGUAAUCACAAAUAGUAGGUGAUGUGUUUUAUUUCUAUACAUAAAGGCAAACUUUGAGUUUAUUUUGUAGGAUUGUAGUCUUUAUGAAGAGCAUAAAUUGUGAUGCCAAAAUCCAUGGAUAUUGCAGGAACCCUGCUUGCUUCCCCAGCUGCUUCUCAGGAGAGAUAUGGGAAAUCUCUUUGUAUUAUGCAUAAAGAAAAAAAGUUAUAUUCAGUAAUGCUGGGUCUUAGCCCUGUGAAAAGGGAAGUUUAUUAUUCUUUGCUCAUGCUUGCAUGAGGGCUUAGGCUUUCAGGUAUUCUGCAUUGUAACAAACUUUCUACUUGGUGCUGUGUGAUAGUUUGGCAGAGCUUCUGCACCUGGUGACCUGCAGAUCAAAUUUAGCUGUUUGACAAUAUUUGAACUUUUAACUUUGAGCAGCAUUGUGGCAAACAGAUUUUUGUUGCAAUUAUUAUUCAUGGAUAGGGACCGUAAGGAAUUUUUUGCAUAGUGCUGCUGUAUUUAUUUGUACUAUUGUGCUAAUUGAAGUUAUUUACUAUUUAAAGAUUGUUGUCUUUGUGAAUAUCGGGGUCACAGUUUAAAUACUUUUGAAUGUUCAUAUGAUAUUUUUUCUGUGAAGGGAUUAAUGAAAUUGAUUUCUUUUAAUUGUUUCAUAUUAUUUAACUUUGGUAUGAAAGACUGUCAGUUUUCUAUGUCACUUUUGUAAAUCAUAAGAAAUAAAAUAUUUAACAUUAA